GCACUCCCGAAAUUAACUUCUCAUUUAUUUUCAUCAGAGCCGGCCAUAGGGCCAGUUGGGCGAGGCAGUGGCCUAGGGCCUCACAAUUUGGGAGGGCCUCAUUUUUUUAUAUAAGUGUUAGUAGUAGUAUUAAAAUAUUAAAAUUAGCUUCAUACUCCAACGCUAAUCGGUAGAGCCUGUAACCUGUUGUCGCCCAAAGGCCUGCAAACCCCAAACCCAUCACCUUAGUAGCUAGUGGCGAGAUUUCAAGACCUAAUUUGUGGCCCUGCCGCCCUAUUCUUCUCCCGGAGUUCCGGUAAUCAAAGUUCCAGCCUUCCAGCGCCAGAUAAAGCAAUGCCUCUUCGUGAUCUUCCAGUGCAACUCAGGAACUUCAUCAUUUAUAUAAUAGUGCUGGUGCGAUUGAUUACACAGAGAUGGUUUCGCUCGUUUCAGGGUGAACCGCCUGAAACUCGAGUUCCUCGGGUUGGAGGCCCCCUUUCAACAUCACCCACCCCAGUACUAGAGACGGAAAGAGAAACAGAGGAAGCAAUAAUUCCAAUAACUAUGGUUGGUGGCUCCCUUCCAACAUCGCCCACCCCAGUACUAGAGACGGAAAGAGAAACAGAAGAAGCAAUAAUUCAAGUAACUACGGCAGGUGAGCUGCCUCCAAGACCACCUGCGGCGCUAGAAAUCGAGGACACACUGAGGGAGACAACCCCACUAACUCGGGAUGAUGACGUAACAAGCGAAAGGAUGAUUGCCACUCGAAAUUUACCGACAAUAUUAUUGUUUUGUUAUUUAAUAUCUCCUACCGUUGUGUUAAUUGUGUGUUUGAUUUUCAAAGUCCAAGACAUAUCUUGGCGUAUUAUUAUUGCGGGUUGUUGUGAGUAUAUUGGACUUAUUCUGUUUGUCGUAUGUUUGACAUGUUUGUAUAUAAAGAAAUUGAGGACAUAAAUGUUAAAGCGUAUAUUUACAUCAUUUGUU